CUCUCCUCCUCACUCUCUCAUCAUCCCUCUCUAUUGUCCCCCCACCGUCUCCUCUCGAUCCUCCUUCUCGCCAUCUCUCUCUGACAUUUGAGCUACAGAGCGAAGGCUGUCUGUUUAGUCUUUAAUUUGUCUCACUGUCUUUAUUCUUCAUCCCUUGUUAAUCACUGGCUGCAUCCCAAGUAGGGCAUCUUUCCUUCAUUCCUUUCUCUCUACUCAUUCCUUGUUCUCUCUCUCAUGCGCUGUGUCUCUUUCAUGGACUUGACAGGCAGCAUAAUAGAUUAAGACACGCUGCAGUCAGGACUGCUGCAGGGAGAAGAAGCUGCUGCAGUGUAUGCUGUGCGUGUUUGUCCGUGUGUCUUUGUCUGUGGCGGGAGCCUCUUAAAGGGACACCCUGCCUGCGUUGGUCAGUUGGUGGCUGGUAAACCUGCAGUGGCUCAGAAUAGCAACACAGCACGGCAGCUUCCACGCUCUCCUCCCUCAUUUCAUCCUCUGUCUGUCGCUUUCCCUUGACACUUCUUUUCAUCUGCUCCUCCACUCUUCUCCUCUCUCCCUCUUGCUCACCUGGCAUUAGUCUGGUAAUCUAUGGAGUAAUGCGGUUACGUGGUCUAAAGAUCUGAGUCAGAGAGAGUGGUUGAGUCAUCAGUGUAGUGUUUAGACUAGAGGACAGACAGUCAGUCGGCAGGGAUCUCCUUUGCAACGCGUUUCAAAACGGGAGGGAAACGCACUGCCUGUGAGUCAUCAUACUGGAGAUAUAGCUACUCCGCCAUGGCGGGUUCGGGGGCUCUCACCAUGGCUGCAGCAUUUCAAGACUUCCAGAGGAGCGAGUCAGACCGGCUAAAUGAGAUGAAGGGUCAUCUCGAGAUUGCCUUACUGGAGAAACACUUCCUACAAGAGGAGUUGAGGAAGCUACGAGAGGAAACCAAUGUGGAGAAGAUAAAGGAAGAGCUGGAGAGAGAGAGAGGGAAGAGGCUCGACCUCGAACUGAGGAUGAACGAGGUGCUAAAAUCCAGUUUGGAAGACUCGCCGCCACAGCCUGCCCGUAAACCCCCGUCUCCAACGCCUGCUGCCAAUGGCAAAGACACAGACAAAGAGAAGCCGCCACAGGGGGAGACCCUGUACUUGCGGGCGUGGAGGUGGCUCUACGACAAGGUGGGGGUCUACAUAGAAGACUUCCGCUUCGUCCCGGAGGAGAACACUGUGGAGGCGGAGGAACCGCUAAGUGCUAAAAGGCUAACAGAAAACAUGAGGCGACUCAAGCGAGGAGCCAGACCGGUAACGAACUUCAUGAGGAACCUCUCAGCCUUAUCCAACUGGCACUCAGUAUACACCUCAGCUAUUUCCUUCAUAAUAUACAUGAAUGCUGCGUGGCAUGGCUGGGCCAUCCCCAUGUUCCUCUUCUUGGCCAUCCUGAGGCUCUCCUUGAAUUACCUCAUUGCUAAAGGUUGGAGGAUUCAGUGGAGCAUUGUGCCGGAUAUUACGGAUCCUAUAGAACCGUCAAAGGAUGACUUGACUGUGUCUGAAAAGUUCCAGUUAGUGCUUGACGUUGCACAAAAAGCCCAGAACCUUUUUGGUAAGAUGGCGGAUGUUUUGGAGAAAAUAAAGAACCUGUUCAUGUGGGUGCAGCCUGAGAUCACUCAGAAGCUCUACAUCAGCCUGUGGGUUGCCUUUCUCUCCUCCUGCAUACUGCCCUUUAAACUCGUGGGCUUCAUGAUUGGACUGUAUGCAGGGAUCAAAUUCUUCAUCAUAGACUUCUUGUUUAAGAGCUGUCCCAAGCUGAGGGACAAAUAUGACACACCUCACAUCGACUGGAACAACCUACCAACUGAUCCACAGCUGAAGGAGAGGACCAACGCUACAAUGUCCCGACGGCUGUCUGGGUCUGAGAAGAUUCAGCCUGUGGUGGCAAGAGGUAGCUUAGCAACCGUCCCGUGCGGUGUAAGCCUGGAUGGUGACAGCGCCAGGAUUCAUAGCACCAAGAAGGGAGCCUUUCAUGAGAUCUUCAACGUCUCAGAGAAUGAGCGCCCUCUACCAGUGUGUGAGAAUGGGUGGAGGUGCUGCCUCAUCAACAGAGACCGGAAGAUGCCAACCGACUACAUUCGAAACGGCAUGCUCUACGUUACAGAGAAUUAUCUGUGCUUCGAGAGCUCCAGUUCCAAAUCGGCCUCAUCCAAGAAGAAUAAGGUCAUUAAGCUGGUGGACAUCACAGAUAUCCAGAAGUACAAAGUGCUGUCUGUCUUACCUGGGUCUGGAAUGGGAAUCUCCAUAGCCACUCCCGCCACACAGAAGCCUCUGGUGUUUGGUGCCAUGAUCCAUCGAGACGAGGCCUUCGAGGCGAUCUUCACCCAGUACAUGAAGAUCAUUACCACCUCCAGGCCACCCUCGGGCAGCCCUGAGCUGUAGCCCUGCUAUCCCCAUGAACAGAGGGCUAGGCUGGGGUCAGGGCUGGGCCACCUUCCUCUGAACCCUCCCUGGCUGGAGGAAAGACAAUUGGGGGGGAAAGUGACAGGACACACACCUCUUCUCCUCCCUCUCUUAUUUACAGUGACUGGACAAUCUUCUCUUUUAUGACUGAGAGGUGUCUGUGCGCGCGUCUGUCUGGAGGUGGGACUUGUAGUCCAAUAGGGAUGGUGCACACAUUCCUGCACUCUUUCUAUGUUGGAACGUGGAUGAGGGGGAUGAAGAAGAAGGGAUGGGAGGGACAUUUUUAACACGCAUCUCAUCAUAGGAGAAGGAGCUGGCUCUCCUGCCUGCUUGCCUGACUGACAGCUUUAAUUCGCUUCAGAGGUGUGUGUGUGUGUGUGUGUGUGUGUGUGCUGCCCAGACAGUGCGUCUCUACUCACCUGUCUUCUCUCUGUCUGUCUCGCAAAGUCAGUGUAACUGUUACUGCUGUUCCUGCACGGAACCGUACAGACAGUAUGCCGUACGGUAGCUAGAUGUUUGUGUAGAAAACAAAAAGCUGCGAGAAAGUCGAGCCAACUCCUGAACAACGUUCAACAUGACACGAAGCCUUUUCCAUUAGUUUACAUCGUUGCUGUGGAUUUUCUGUGGAGACACGCAUGCACAUUUCAGCAACAAACCGUUUGCUUUCAGGUGUCUUUUCGCAUAUGACGUGUGUGUGUGUGUUAUACUUUCAACACUCACUACUGAACUGUACUGUGUCACGUACAGUAGUGUGGACCUUGGCGAUGAUGUUCAAUGUGAAAUGUUUUCAAAUGCCUGCCUUUUGAAUUCUGCUUAUUUCUGUAAUAACCAAUGGCAUGAUGAGGAACUGGACUUUGUUAAAGUAUGUCCUGGAUCUGUGGAUUGUGUUAUAAAACUAAAGCACACUCACUGUUAGAGAGCCAUAACAGACCUAAACCCUGAGUAAUGUGUCUAAACUGAAGGUAGAUAGUUUAAAUGUAACAUAACUGGUUCAGUGAACUAAACUUGUGUGCUGAGUAUCCCUGAGGCCUAAGUUAAUGCCUUGGCUUUAGCCUAGUAGGCCAACACAUUCUUAAGGUGCAUACUGUAGGUCACAUAAACAUACUAAGACCCAAAACCUGUGUUACUUCAGUUUUUAGUGACAUGAUACGGUAUAGUAGUACUAUAGUAGUUCUACGGUAAUACCACUAAUACCAACCUGUAGUAUUAACACUGGAGUGGUCAGAUGUGUACAAUAUGCUGUCCUGUUAAGAAGUAAUUUAACUUGGUUAACUUGACUAGUAACUAGUUAACUCCUGGAUGACUUAUCUCAGUAUUUCAAUGCAAAUCGAGUCAGUCAACUGGCCUAGUUCUGUAGUAUUCAUUGACCGCAGGAUGAAGUAGACGUUUGAACUGAAUAUUUGAAUGUCACUUUAUUAUUGUCACCAUUUGGGAUUUAAAGCUGGUCUUUUAUUUCUCAGAUAGGUUUGAUAUGUAGAAUUGUAAUGAAUGCCAAACUAAGUGGACGUGCACACUUUCUGUGUUUUGUAAGAUGGCUGGAAGAGUUAUUGUGGGUAAAUAUUUCUCGUUUCUCGUUUACUGCAAAUGAGAGAGGAGAUUGUACCAUGCUCUUCGAUCCUUUUUUUUUGCCUCAGCACAACAAGCUAGUCCCCUAAAGCGCGUUCAUCUUCCCACACUGUUAACAAGCCCAUAUAAACUUUGUUAGUUAUUGUCUUACAAAACCCAAUCUCCAGUUGUGUUACGACUGGAUACAAAAUAUCAUUUCUGGAGAUUGUCUAUUGUCUAAGGAACUCAUGAUGUUAGUGUGUUGAUUGAAUGAUUGUCUGACUGUACGUUACUGUAGUCUUAAUGCUUACCUGGAACCUUUCUUAGUGGAUUAGUAACAGCUAACUUUGAGAUCUGCAUUCAGGGUCUGUCCUAAAAGAAGCAUACUGAAUGUAUUGUGUUACUGCUGUAAACGCUUAGUUACAUUGUUUUGUUGCCAAAACGUAAUUUCUUUCUUUUACUGCCCGCCAUACUCUGCCUACACUGAUGUUUACUGAAGGUUGGGUUAAAAACCUUUAAUUGAUUUUGUUUUUCUUUUGUUUGGAUUGUCGGUUUGAGCUCCUAGCCACAGGCGGAGUUAUGAAGACCGGACAGAUAUCUUCCUCUUGCGUUUGAAUUACUGUGUCAACUGUCAGCUUUUAAAUCGGCUCAGACUGGUCUCAGGACAACCUCUGCUGCUCACCUUCAUCCCAACAGCAAACGUAAGCCUGAUCUCUGACCUGUUUAUAAUGCUUUAAUAGCUAAAGCUAAAGUUUAGCUCUUCUGUUGAGUUUGUUGUCAUGGCAAAUACUAUACAUGUACUGCAUAGCGUGGUAAUGAAAGUCAGAGGAGUUGGAUCAAGCAUAUAGUAACAGAUCUGGGACCAGGCUAACAGUAGAUAGACGGUGACAUCAGAGAACAUUCUAGUCAGAUUAUAUUGCACGUCAAUCACGCUGCAAAAAAAACGUCAGUGAUCGUUCUAAUGGUAGUGGCGUGCAGUACAUGGUAAAAUCAUAAUCUUUUAGCUAUUUUUGGAUCACUCACAGGCCUUCCUUACAGACAGCACGGGUCAUCAUGGCGACUCCGAGACCUUCUGUCCACUGGUUUCUAUUGGUUUUGACUUCUGUGGCUUCGUUGUGUUAACCAAGUAUGAGUUGUAACUCAAAAUGUAAACAUGAGUCAAUUACUUCAUGAUAUUCCCAUGCAGUAUAUCACUGCAAAGUUCAAUAUACUGCAAUCAUCUGUCAGUUGUGGGUAAUUAUUUGUCAUCUGUGGGUCCGAGGACUAAAAUGACGAAAGAGGAAUUUCUAUACAAUAACGUAAUCCAUUGAUUUUUAAAGAGAACAAUGUCCAUUGUAAAAUAUGUGGUGUCCAUUUUUUUUUAAUAUAAAUAAAAAUAAUUAAGUA